AUGGGGCGGCUAUGGGUUCUGCUACGGGGAGCGCGUAACGCCCUUAACGCCCCACAGCUGGCUCCGGCUUGGGAUCCUAAGGAAAGGGGAAGCCUCUUCUCCCGUGCGCUCCGGCAAGGCGUGGCCGCGCUCCGCCUUCGCCUCCUUCCCGGCGGGGCUCCUUUUCUUCUCGCCCGGCGGCAGCCCCGCCUCGGCGCAACCUGGGUGCGAGAGCCCCGCGGCGGCGCAAGGCACCCGGGCGGCCGCUGCUUUCCCACGAUCGAGCGACCGUUCCGGGAAGGCCGGCCUCCGAGGGCGGGCCGGGACGAGGGCAGGGUCCCGCCGGCUAAAUCCCCACCCCCGGCUUCAGGGAGGCGCAGAGGAGCGCCCGAGGCAGGCGGCAACCGAGGAGGAACCGAGGCGUCCGGGUGGCGCACAGCCCGGCCGAGCGGAGCGCAAAGAUGGGGGGGCCCGNNNCAGGCCACGCUGCUGGCAGCCUCCAUCCUGAGUUCCUGCUUCCUGUUGAGUCAAGGCCAGUCUGGAACUAUACCGGUCACAGUUGACCCACCAAUGCCAAGAGAAGGAGGCACUGUCAUGUUGAAACCAGGAAGCGUCCCAGAAAAUUCUGUUGGCUGCCGUUGGCACCGAGGAGCAGCUGCUGAUGAAAACCUUAUCAUUGCCUUAUUCUUUUUCCCAAGUCCUGGGGGGGUUACAAAGGGACCUGCAUACACUGGGCGGGAGACGGUGGACUCCAGCUGCUCUCUUCAGAUCACAGACCUAAAGUCAAAUUACUCUGGAACCUAUAGAUUGUCCUUUGAUGGACCUGGAAUUACUGCAACUGGGAGUGCAAACAUCACGGUCAUAGGUCUGUUGAUUGUAGCCGUAGCUGCCUCCUUCUUUUUCGGCCUCUUUCAUGCAUGUAGGAUCUUUACCCGGACAUUGCCCGACAAUAACGUUUUGUCUUUUCCUCCUGUAGAGGAACUGUUCACGCCCUUCGUGUCUGUCUCCCCAAGCCCUUUCCCCAGGGAGCUUAUUGACCAUGUUGAACUAACCUGUAACACCGUCAACUCUGAACUUGCAAUAGUCAGCUGGUUAUGGGAUGGAGAGCCUCUUGGGAGUAGCUCCCAUAUCCAGCUGUCGGACAAUAACCGGGUUCUUACCAUCCAGCCGGUAUUCCGCAAUGAUACUGGGGAGUAUCAGUGUGAAGUGUCUUAUCUGUCCAGCAAUGAAACGAGUGACAAAAUAUUCAUUCCCGUCAUCUUUGGACCCGAUGAGCCUGUAAUUGAGCCAAAAACGAACAUUUAUUACGAACACUCAGACAUCAGGCUCUCCUGCAAAGCGAACGCCUUUCCUGACCCAACAUAUAUGUGGUUUCUCAACGGGAGAAGCCAUAGCAGUGGAAGUGAUCUGCUUAUCCGAGAUGUUACUUGGCAGGAGUCUGGGAAUUAUACCUGUCAAGCAACACACGUACUUACUCACAAGAUGGCAAAUGCCUCCUUGGAGAUUCAGGUGCUGGGUAAUGUAUAUAAUGUCACCAUCACUGGCCCAUUUUAUGUGGAAGAAAACCAGGAGGUCACUUUGACCUGCCAUUCUGAAGGCACCGAUGUGUCUUACUACUGGCUUAAGGGAAACCAGUCCAUCCAAGCAACAGAAAGUGUCUUUCUGGAGAACAACACGCUGACGCUGAACCCCACCACCAGGGAUGAUGCGGCCAACUAUACGUGCUAUGGGAACAACAGCUUCUCUUCCAACAUCAGUGAGCCUCACUGGCUGGAAAUCUUCUGGGCCCUGAAUUAUUUAGUUUUGCACUGUCCUGCUCUGGGUGGAAGCAGUGGUACCCCACAAGAAGAAACAUGGAGCUCCUUCUACGAUUUUUCUGUCCCUACAGGCAGUGUCAAUACCAUUACCAUCACUGGUCCAUCAUAUGUGGUAGAGAACCAGGAGGUCACUUUGACCUGCCAUUCUGAAGGCACCGAUGUGUCUUACUACUGGCUUAAGGGAAACCAGUCCAUCCAAGCAGCAGAAGGUGUCUUUCUGGAGAGCAACACGCUGACGCUGAACCCCACCACCAGGGAUGAUGCGGCCAACUAUACGUGCUACGGGUACAACAGCUUCUCUUCCAACUCCAGUGAGCCUCACUGGCUGGAAGUCUUCUAUGGGCCUGAUGAACCCUUAAUUGAACCCAAUAGGAGUGUUUAUCAAGAGUUUGAGACCCUUAAGCUCUCUUGCUCUGCCAGCUCCAACCCACCUGCCAAUUAUUCUUGGUAUCACAACGGACAGCCACUGGAACACGGGAACACGUCUCAACUCGAGAUCCCAUCUCUUUCUCUGAGCGAUGGUGGCAAUUAUACCUGCAAUGCCACCAAUAAUUACACAGGCCUUUUCAAUGACACCAGCCUGGAGAUCAGCAUCCUGGAAUCCGUCACUAAUGUCACAAUCACCAGUGACCCCAUCAAGGUCUUCGAGAACAAUAAGACGGUUCUGACUUGCACCUCGGCAGGCACCUCUGUUUCCUACUUUUGGUUAAAAGGGAGCCAGAGUUUGGAGGCUGAUGGACACAUCUCCAUGACCAACAACAGUCAGGUCCUUACCUUCAAUCCAGUGAGCCGGAAUGACUCAGACAACUAUACCUGCUAUGGGAAUAACACUUUCUCUAGUAACCACGCCAGCUAUGAACUGAAUGUUUUCUAUGGGCCUGAUGAUCUUGUAAUCAGCCCUGAUAACCUUUACCAUGAGAAGGGCUCCAACCUCAAUCUCAUCUGUAAAGCUGACUCCAACCCACCUGCAAACUACACAUGGUCCAUUCAGGAGUCUGUGCAGCAAAUCGGGAGCACCCUCUCCCUCAUUAAUCUGUCAUUUAAUGACACUGGGAAUUAUACCUGUGAGGCUUUCAACAAUGAGACUGGCUUGAACAGCUUUAAAGUCGUGGAGAUCAAGGUUCUGGAAAAGCUCUCCCAGCCAAUCCUGUCGCCUGUGAAUUAUGUGGCACUCGAGAACGAGAACAUCAUCUUGUAUUGUAACAUAUCCAGCAGCACCGCUUUCAGCAUUUCCUGGUUCAGGAAUGAUGGGCCUGUGUCACCAGAGGCAGACAUUUCUGAAAAUAAGAAAAACCUUACUCUACGUAACUUCACCAGUGCCGAUGCAGGGAUCUAUACAUGUGUGGCCAGCAACCAGAUCAGCAGUGAAACGAGCAACCCCAGCAGCAUAACCUUGGCAUAUGGGCCUGUGGACAUUAAAGUGGAGCCAGCAGGUGUCAUAACCCUGAAACUAGCUUCCAAGUUGGAUCUGCUGUGUACGGCGGACUCCAACCCUGCAGCAGAGUUUCAGUGGUUUAUCAAUGGUACUGUCCAGAGUGUGACGAAUAACAGAUUCAGUGUUGACUCGGUGGCCUGGAAAGAUGGAGGGAAUUACACUUGUCAGGCCAACAACACCGUCACCAAAAACCAUGUCUCGACGUCUGUCAUUGUGAAGGUGGCAAACCAGGAUGCGCCUGGUGGCGGCGGCGGUGGCCUCUCUGGCGGAGCGAUUGCAGGGAUCGUCAUAGGCUGCCUGGCGGCCGUAAUACUCAUUGUAGGUGUGCUGUAUUACGUAUGCACCAAAACCUCGUUGGGGAGGACGGAGCACCACAUAUCCAAUGGAAACGUUCCCUCUGCACCCGGCCACAACCAGGGCGUUACUGACACCAAGCCCAGAUCGGGUGAAGAGGACAUACAAUAUACAACAUUAGCCUUCAAUGCCAAAACCCCUCCUCAGCCAGCCUCAGGGGAUGCUCAACCUUCGGACGGCACUAUAAUUUACUCUGAAAUCAAGAAGAAAUGAUCAGGGAUCCAGGACCUCCUUCCUUAACGUCUCUUUCCUGUUUUCCUUGCCCAGGAUUCUCACAGGCAAGGCAGUUUAAAACAAAAAAACAAGAACUGUUGCUUGUUUGGAGGAGCAAGAAAUGAGACGGUCCUUCCCUCACACAAGUAAUUCAGAUUCCACCUAUGCCCUUUUCCCUCACUUCAUGCCUGGCCACCUGGUAUAAUAACCAGGUUGGCAACGACACCAGGCGAUCAAAGGGGAGGCCUUCGGUUCAUCCUGGUGUGCGCGCCAAUUGAGACGGUUUGUGCCUCAGAAGUGGGUGGGGGGAAAACCUAGCAACAUAUAUUUAUAUUUCCAUUCUUCUUCCGGCAACCCUGUCCUAUCCCUUCCCCAACUGGCACAGUUGCUUUUAUUGCAUAAACCCUGGACGGCCAAAUUUCCCUUCUUUGAGGUGUCUCCUGAGCCCUGUGUUGCCAGGUAGCUGCCUUUCCUGCGUCCACAUCCCGGCUCCCCGUUGGGGAAACUUGAAUGCGCAGCACCAGGGCAACUGCAAACUCAAUACCUGGGGGAGGAAAUCAAGCCGGCCUUCUGGAUCUGCAAUGAACAGACCGGCCAAGUUUUUGCCUUCCCAUCUGGCUUCAGAUCUGAGCAGGACUUAGAUUGGGGGCGUGGGGAAGAGGGAGUUACGUUUUUGGCCAUUCCUAUGUGCUCUUUCCUGCUUAGCUAUGCUUAUGUCAAUGUGCGGAUCUAAGAUCACUCCACAGGUGAACCCCUGGGGUCAAUGGCUCAGGGGUAGGUGCAGAGGAAAAAAGGGCAAGGCAGGGUGGCUAAGAGCCACCCUAAUUGUUUCUCCUGUGCUAGGCAUGGCCAGUGCUUCCUGCUCUCUCCAGAUUCAUCCACACCAUUUUUGAUUCACAGCCAGAUGGCCAAAGCCGCAACAUGAUGUACUGCGAUGCAAACCCCAUCAAACUGGUUUGGUCAAAUCCAGAAUGCUCCAGGAGAAUCAGGGUGUGUCUGGAAGAGUGUUAACCUGGCAGAUGGGGGAUUUUCCCAAUUUAGUAGUUUCUACAAGUAAGAACGUAAUUUAAAGUGGCAUUUGGACAGUGGCUAAGGUGUUUGAUUGCACUCCAUCUGGGAAAGGAGGUGUAUGAUCUGUCAUCUUAUCCCGUUAGCUGCUACAGAAUCAGUGGAUGGAGCGCUGUGGCUGGCUGCAAGAAGCCUUCCUUUAAAAGCCCAGCUCAGCCAUGAUGCCCACUGAAGCAGCCUUGAGCGGGUCACUCUCUAUCCCUCAGACCUGCCUUCCAGCGUUGGCACGAGGCUCCGUUGGCGAAGGAAAGCUGCAUUACCUUGAGCCUUUGGGCUGGGUGGAGAUGGGGGAAAUUAAAAACAAAAGGGGGAAAAAAAUCAGAGUCUAAUGUGGGAGUCAGGAUUCCAGCUUCAUUCACUCCCUCCUCGCAGUGAAGAAUGUUUCCCUCAGCUGGCAGGAUGGAACUGUUUUGUUCAAUGCAAUCAAGUGUGAAGAGCAGGGGCUGUGUUUGUGGUCAGCCGUUGGUUGUUUUGCUUUGAACAUCGGAAUAGCUGUGCAGCCAAGCAGCUUCGACCCAACGGGGCCAACUUUCCAAACCUUGUCGUCCUUCGUCUGACUUAUAUAAACCCAAACCUUGUAAGACCUCCAGUCGAAGUGGGUAGGGAAGGAGCUGAUCUUUGUUGUCAGCUGCUCGUUUGUGCGAUGGCCGCCAUAGCAAUCACCCCCACCACCACCACCAUUGUGGCCAGCAUGCCAAAGUUUGUCAUCUUUGACCGAGAGUUAAAGUGCCCCUGUCGUACGAUAAGAUCUCGUACACUCCGAUCCUUGCUAAUUGUUGGGUGGGGCAGGAAGACGGCAGGCAUUCAUGCUAAAAUGUCAGGCAAAAAAAGACAAUAGAGCAGUGUUUGGAACAAACGUUGCACUCAUGCCUUCAGCUUCGAAAUCCUCCCAUCUUGAAGAAGCUUGAUGCCGGUUGCUGGCCAAAGAAUCUCAUUGGAAAGAAGCUUCUUUGUUUUCUUACUGCACCCGACUGGCCCGUUGGUUAAGGGUGCAAAUUGGGAAACUGUGUUGAUUGCGCAAAAAAUUGGGCUGUUCCUUUGGUGUUUGUACUUUGAAUCAUUUUUUGUUUUUAAUAAAAUAAAAAAGAAAUCAAGAAUA